AUGCCUUUUUGGCUACGCAUACGGUCGUGGAAGGCGGGCCGGCAGGUCGUGGAAGGCGGGCCGGCAGGUCGUGCAAGGCGGGCCGGCAGGUCGUGCAAGGCGGGCCGGCAGGUCGUGCAAGGCGGGCCGGCAGGUCGUGCAAGGCGGGCCGGCAGGUCGUGCAAGGCGGGCCGGCAGGUCGUGCAAGGCGGGUCGGCAGGUCGUGGAAGGCGGGCCGGCAGGUCGUGCAAGGCGGGCCGGCAGGUCGUGCAAGGCGGGUCGGCAGGUCGUGGAAGGCGGGCCGGCAGGUCGUGGAAGGCGGGCCGACAGGUCGUGCAAGGCGGGCCGACAGGUCGUGGAAGGCGGGCCGGCAGGUCGUGGAAGGCGGGCCGGCAGGUCGUGGAAGGCGGGCCGGCAGGUCGUGCAAGGCGGGCCGACAGGUCGUGCAAGGCGGGUCGGCAGGUCGUGGAAGGCGGGCCGGCAGGUCGUGCAAGGCGGGUCGGCAGGUCGUGGAAGGCGGGCCGGCAGGUCGUGCAAGGCGGGCCGACAGGUCGUGCAAGGCGGGUCGGCAGGUCGUGGAAGGCGGGCCGGCAGGUCGUGCAAGGCGGGCCGGCAGGUCGUGCAAGGCGGGUCGGCAGGUCGUGGAAGGCGGGCCGACAGGUCGUGCAAGGCGGGCCGACAGGUCGUGCAAGGCGGGCCGACAGGUCGUGGAAGGCGGGCCGGCAGGUCGUGCAAGGCGGGCCGACAGGUCGUGCAAGGCGGGUCGGCAGGUCGUGGAAGGCGGGCCGACAGGUCGUGCAAGGCGGGCCGACAGGUCGUGCAAGGCGGGCCGACAGGUCGUGGAAGGCGGGCCGGCAGGUCGUGCAAGGCGGGCCGGCAGGUCGUGGAAGGCGGGCCGGCAGGUCGUGGAAGGCGGGCCGGGAGGUCGUGAAGGCGGGCCGGCAGGUCGUGGAAGUCGGGCCGGCAGGUCGUGGAAGGCGGGCCGGCAGGUCGUGCAAGGCGGGUCGGCAGGUCGUGGAAGGCGGGCCGGCAGGUCGUGCAAGGCGGGCCGACAGGUCGUGGAAGGCGGGCCGGCAGGUCGUGCAAGGCGGGCCGACAGGUCGUGCAAGGCGGGUCGGCAGGUCGUGCAAGGCGGGCCGGCAGGUCGUGCAAGGCGGGUCGACAGGUCGUGCAAGGCGGGUCGGCAGGUCGUGGAAGGCGGGCCGGCAGGUCGUGCAAGGCGGGCCGACAGGUCGUGGAAGGCGGGCCGGCAGGUCGUGCAAGGCGGGCCGACAGGUCGUGCAAGGCCGGUCGGCAGGUCGUGGAAGGCGGGCCGGCAGGUCGUGGAAGGCGGGCCGGCAGGUCGUGGAAGGCGGGCCGGCAGGUCGUGGAAGGCGGGCCGGCAGGUCGUGGAAGGCGGGCCGGCAGGUCGUGGAAGGCGGGCCGGCAGGUCGUGGAAGGCGGGCCGGCAGGUCGUGGAAGGCGGGCCGGCAGGUCGUGGAAGGCGGGCCGGCAGGUCGUGGAAGGCGGGCCGGCAGGUCGUGGAAGGCGGGCCGGCAGGUCGUGGAAGGCGGGCCGGCAGGUCGUGGAUGGCGGGCCGGCAGGUCGUGGAAGGCGGGCCUGCAGGUCGUGGAAGGCGGGCCGGCAGGUCGUGGAAGGCGGGCCGACAGGUCGUGCAAGGCGGGCCGGCAGGUCGUGCAAGGCGGGCCGACAGGUCGUGCAAGGCGGGUCGGCAGGUCGUGCAAGGCGGGCCGGCAGGUCGUGCAAGGCGGGCCGACAGGUCAUGCAAGGCGGGUCGGCAGGUCGUGGAAGGCGGGCCGGCAGGUCGUGCAAGGCGGGCCGACAGGUCGUGGAAGGCGGGCCGGCAGGUCGUGCAAGGCGGGCCGACAGGUCGUGCAAGGCGGGUCGUGGAAGGCGGGCCGGGAGGUCGUGAAGGCGGGCCGGCAGGUCGUGGAAGGCGGGCCGGCAGGUCGUGGAAGGCGGGCCGGCAGGUCGUGCAAGGCGGGCCGACAGGUCGUGCAAGGCGGGUCGGCAGGUCGUGCAAGGCGGGCCGGCAGGUCGUGCAAGGCGGGCCGACAGGUCGUGCAAGGCGGGUCGGCAGGUCGUGGAAGGCGGGCCGGCAGGUCGUGGAAGGCGGGCCGGGAGGUCGUGAAGGCGGGCCGGCAGGUCGUGGAAGGCGGGCCGGCAGGUCGUGGAAGGCGGGCCGGCAGGUCGUGGAAGGCGGGCCGGCAGGUCGUGGAAGGCGGGCCGGCAGGUCGUGGAAGGCGGGCCGGCAGGUCGUGGAAGGCGGGCCGGCAGGUCGUGGAAGGCGGGCCGGCAGGUCGUGGAAGGCGGGCCGGCAGGUCGUGGAAGGCGGGCCGGCAGGUCGUGGAAGGCGGGCCGGCAGGUCGUGGAAGGCGGGCCGGCAGGUCGUGGAAGUCGGGCCGGCAGGUCGUGGAAGGCGGGCCGGCAGGUCGUGGAAGGCGGGCCGGCAGGUCGUGGAAGGCGGGCCGGCAGGUCGUGGAAGGCGGGCCGGCAGGUCGUGGAAGGCGGGCCGACAGGUCGUGCAAGGCGGGUCGGCAGGUCGUGCAAGGCGGGCCGGCAGGUCGUGCAAGGCGGGCUGACAGGUCGUGCAAGGCGGGUCGGCAGGUCGUGGAAGGCGGGCCGGCAGGUCGUGGAAGGCGGGCCGGCAGGUCGUGGAAGGCGGGCCGGCAGGUCGUGGAAGGCGGGCCGGGAGGUCGUGAAGGCGGGCCGGCAGGUCGUGGAAGGCGGGCCGGCAGGUCGUGGAAGGCGGGCCGGCAGGUCGUGGAAGGCGGGCCGGCAGGUCGUGGAAGGCGGGCCGGCAGGUCGUGGAAGGCGGGCCGGGAGGUCGUGAAGGCGGGCCGGCAGGUCGUGGAAGUCGGGCCGGCAGGUCGUGCAAAGCGGGCCGGCAGGUCGUGGAAGGCGGGUCGGCAGGUCGUGGAAGGCGGGUCGGCAGGUCGUGGAAGUCGGGCCGGCAGGUCGUGGAAGGCGGGCCGGCAGGUCGUGCAAAGCGGGCCGGCAGGUCGUGCAAGGCGGGCCGGCAGGUCGUGGAAGGCGGGCCGGCAGGUCGUGGAAGGCGGGCCGGCAGGUCGUGGAAGGCGGGCCGGCAGGUCGUGGAAGUCGGGCCGGCAGGUCGUGGAAGGCGGGCCGGCAGGUCGUGGAAGGCGGGCCGGCAGGUCAUGGAAGGCGGGCUGGCAGUAG